AUGACUUACAACUCGGAUGUGGCUGCUACUCAGUCUCCAAAGUCAUAUCUAUUGACCUCGAUUGCCCGCACCCAUUUGGGCGAGGUGGCUUCGAUUAUUGUGUCAUCACUUAUAUCUCAUGGUAGACUCACUUGUCAUGAACUUCUGACCAGAUGUAAACUCCCCAUUAAGACUGUCAAGUCUGCACUUGUUUCCUUGAUCCAACUCAACUGUAUAUACUAUUGGAAGGACUCAUCUAGCGGUAAAAAUGGUGUGGUUCACUACAGUUUGAACGAACGUGGUCUUCUUGUGUUUGUUCACAGUGGAGACAUUAUAAAUUAUAUCGACACCAAAUAUGGAGCUGAAUCAGCUGAAAUCAUUCAAAAUGUCAUUCAAAUGGGUCAUGUAAGAGUGCAAGACUAUCUCAGUGGGACCAAAGAGGGCGAGGACCUCUAUGAACAACAGAAUCGUUUGUUCAAACUUUUCGUGGAUGGAUGGCUUUGUAGAAUUCAACCAUUUAAUUUUAACCCAAUACAAGAUCUUUGGUCUAAAUUAUAUGAAGAAUGUCUUAAACAAAUUCCAAGAUCUGCCACUACCAGUGAAAUUAAAAGAGUUAAUGAGGCAAAGGAAAAAACUAAAAUUAGACUUGCAGAAUUAUUUGAAUCUGGAUUAGAAUCAAAGGAUUUGUAUGAAAUGGAUGGUGGGAUUAAAAAAUUAAGACCAACCAUUGUAGUUGCUUUCAAUUUAACUAGAUUUGAAAAAAGAUUAAGACUGAGAAGUUUAGUAAAUUUAGCUAAAUCAAGAAUUGGAACCCUUUCCGCUGCAGUUUAUGAAGCUGCAUUGACUGAAAUUGAACACAAGAGUCCAGAUUUACGUCAUUAUUUCUUGACAAUUCCUGGACUUAUUAACGAUCCUGAGGAGGAAAGACUUCUUAUGCAUUCUAUAGAAAAUAAAUUGGUGGAUCAAAGAAGAACUACCUUUAAUGCUAGAGAUCUUACCAAAUAUUUGGGUGAAAUCGACUUGAAAGGUUCAAUUCUUUCUCAUAAUUUCUUCAAAUCCAAGAGAGUUGCACCAGGAUCGGCAUCAGCUGGUGCUAAGAGAAUAAAGACUGAGGAUGGGAGUUAUGUCAAUGUAGAACAGGAUGAAGUAGAUGAAUUGAUUGUAGAUGACAGUCAUUUCUCCAACUUUGAUAUUCAAGAUCAACAAUCUCUUAUUGCCGAUCAUUUAAAAUUACUUGCAUCAUCUUCAUCGAUAAACUUUCUUAUUGAAACAAGUCCUGGUACUUUCACCAUUCCAUACACACAACUUAUUAAAGAUUUGAAACAAACCACUUUUGAUACACUCAUCAAAUCAAGUUUAGGAUUAGAUGCAUUCAAGAUUUUAAGAACUUUACGUGGACUUAAACUUGCAGAUGAAAAAUCUAUUGCAAAUUCAAUUUUAUUAAAGGAAAAAACCGUUAGAAAUGAAAUUUGUAAACUCAUUGAAAUCAAUGCAGUGGAAUUACAAGAAGUUCCAAGAAGUGCUGAUAGAGCAGCUUCAAAGACUUUUUUCCUUUUCAGACACAAGAGUUAUAUUUCCUAUCAAUACUUGAGUAAUUCUUUGUUGUUUAAUAUGUCUCAAGUUUUAACUAAUAUCGAGAAUUUCAAACUUGAUCAUAAGAUUCUUUUAGAAAAAUGUGAAAGAGAAGAUGUUAAGGGUAAUGAAGAACAAUUAUUAUUGGAUUCAGAAUUGAAGACUCUUAGAGAUUUGCAAUUAAGAGAAGUUAAGAACAUUGGGAAAUUCAAUCGUUUAAAGAGUUUACAUGAUAUUUUUGGAGUAUUUUAG